AUGUUUACGGCGUUGUUUCUUUUUCGAUCUACGCCGAGACGCAUGACAAGCACCACAACUUUGGCCCCGCCGCCAGGUGGGGAGGCUGCGGCUGGUGCCGAGCUCUGCCUAGGGAGGAGGGGGGCUCGGGAACGCCGUCCCGGGCGGCUCCGAGCCGUCCUGGAGAACAAAACAAACAAGCAAAAACACAAAAACAUCGGGGGGAGACAAGCGGAGAGCUACCGAGGCCAGCAGGACGCCUUCUUUGGAGGCCUCUUCUCGGGUCGGACGAAAAGGGGAGUGGCAGAAAUAGCGGCAGACCCGAGCAGAGGCCUGUAAAAAGAGGCCUCUAAAAAGAGGCGAAGAAAGGCCUCGGCUUAGAGGCCUCUUCUCGGGCGGCAAAGAGGGAGUUCGCGAAUCGGCUGCCGCAGCCGGUUUUCGUGGCGCCGGAGGCGCCACCGUCUCGAGAGACGCGCCCAGCGGGGGAGCCCCGAAACCAACUGCAUGCAGCAGACGUCGUACGAAACCCCCAUCUCCCCA